GACCGAUUUCGAUAGAUGUCUGCAAAAGUGAGGACCGCGCCCCAGAAGUUCAGGACAAGUGUGACAGCUACCAUGUGACCCUGUUGACCGGUUGGCGCGUCUGGCAUGCCCCAAAGGGUAGGUGUGGAAGCGAUUUGAGUUGUGUUUCGGCCGCUGCCGUGAAGUCGGGCGGAAUCUGUAGCAGUGGCGGGCUUAUCCAAUCUAAGCCAAAGCAGGCCGCAAACUGUUCGAAGCAAACCACGAGUUGCGCGACCAGCGUCUUUGAACUGUCAGAAUCCUGGGUGUUUCUGAUGGAACCAGAUUGGAAGCUUCUUCUUACUUCUAGGUGAGAAGGUCUCGCAGAGCUUGUGCGAAGUGCUGUUCAAGUCGCGUGGAAUUGGAAUUGGGAGCACGAAGCUGUAAUCCGGCCGGUUUCUGCAACGUGUGAGACGGUGCCCUGCCCGUUGCAAAGCGCAAAUGCUGCAAACGCUCUGCCAACAUUUUUGCUCGGCGCAAGUUUCAACAGUGUGGCUCCGAACUUGCGCGAGUGCUGCCCGUCGUCGGUGGUGCCAGAAGAGCAAAGCUUUUUGAGAGGGUCACAAACCUAGAUGUAAACGCGCUUGACGGGUUCUUCAGAAGUGCUCUCAGUCCAAUGGGCAUUCUUUGCAGGUUGCCUCUGAUGUUGACAAUUGGGACUCUUUUCAAGAAGCGCCAGCAAUGUGCAAUGCUUAGACGCCGUGACACCAUGCCCAUCCAGCGGCUCAUCAACAUUGACUCUUGCGCAGCAUGAACUGCUGCCAUUUGUCAGCAAACUAUCCCAGAUUUGCCCAUCUUCGCUUUUGUGAGCCGCCAUCACGCGCAGGCCGCUGGGGGCUGUGCGGAGGGUGUAGACACAUUGCGUUGUCGAGCGUCCACUGAUGAACCCAUUGCUUCUAGACGUUCAACCCCUGCGAUUCGCCUCUGCGUUCGGAUUCACAGCAAUCCUUUAGAGCAUGCGACAGGCAGUGUCGUGAUGUUUGCUCGCCAAUUGCAAUUAACAUGUGUGAUUGCUAGAACGUUUUCCAAUUGGUGUUGCUUGAGGGGUGCGUGCGUUGGGCGUAGCAUCGCUGCAUGAAUGCAGUGUGGCCACCAGGUGUUGUUGCCUGUUGCCGGAGCAACGCCUGCAGGACCUACUUGGCAAGAGCACGGCGCUACGCUGCACUGAGCAUCCACGGCCAAACUCCAACGUAGUUGGCUGACGCCUUUUGAGUGGCCUUGGCAGGACCUUGCGCGAUUGUAUGCAUGUCCAGGCCAUGAAUGAUGCCCAAGAUGCUAGCGGCUCGUCUCGUGCAACCAGGCCGAAGAGGAGUUGGUGUUGCCGCCCAGUCUGAAAAGUCGCCGGCAGUUGCCUGCAACAGGAACUGAGGCUGCGCAGGCCAUGCUGUUCCUGAAGCUUGCAAGCGGCUUUUGCAAAGCGAGCCGGAAAUGCGCUUCCUCGUCUUGAGCACCUUGCCUGACAGAGUGUGCAAAACGCGCAGCUCUUCCGUCACUCUGCAGCUAGCUGCAGUAAUGAAAAGCAAAGGAGUAGACCUGCAGAUGCCAUUCCGUAUGUCUAGCCCCAUCAUGCACACCUGCUGAGGACGCCCGAUCACAGAAGCCUGCUUCCUGUGCUAACUGCAUGUGUUUGAGGACAUUUUGCGCCCGUACUCCACACUUGGAUGCGUUCCAUGCCAGCCUGUUAGGAAUGCGCGGCAAUAAGCUGCGCAAUUCGUGGGACACGCGGCCUUGUCAGGCGAAACUGGUGUGAAGCCUCCCUGUGUUGGUCAAAGCAGCAACAAGGCCAGCAAAACCUACACUGCUUCACCUGGCAAACUAGAACGUCAGCCCCCAGUUUGACAAUGAUCCAAUGAGCCCUUGCUGUUGCAGGCCCGUGAGCUUCCUGACGAUUGGCGCAAGGCCCGUGUUGAACUGGUGGAGUUUCGACUACAGCGCGUGGGUUUCUGCGAGCGGGGCGGCGUGUCCCAGAAAUCUAGGAUCAUGAUGACUACCAUGUUGACCAAUUGACCCUUGUCUUUGACGGACUUGGCGCGCACACUGCCGGUGUGGCUUGUCUGAGUUGUGUUUCGGCCGCUGCCUGCGCGCGUCGGCAGCAGUGUAAUCUUCCAGAAUCCUGAGCGCUUGUGUGAGGAUGCAGCAGGAAUUCCGCGGUUGCAUGUUGCGCUACGGUUUGUUCUCACAAACUUGAAGUAUGACCAUGAAGCCCAAGUUGUUAGCGCACAAAAUGCUUGUUGGCGCUCAUGCAUUUGCAGUGCUCAUGCCCUUUCCAAGGCCCAACAUUUUGGCGUUGCUUAUGCCCACACGAGCAACGGUCAGUUUUUACUGUCAUUUUCUGUCGUAAAGGGAAUGACAUUGGGUAUACUUGCCGAAAAACCAGUAAGAAAUGUGGUUUCUGGCCAACAUCCAAUGCCACGGAAAUGCGCAAUGAAUAUGGAGCGUGCCUCAUAUGAGCGCUGCCUGUCAGAAGAAAGCCAGAGCUGCUUGGCAGACAGGAUCAGAAAUGUAGUUGCAAACGCUCUUGCUGAAGGUUCAUUGCGCUUUCUUUGCAGAUUGCCAUUGCUGUGACGCUCUCGAAGAUCCUUCUAAAAGACCAUGCCCUUUCGGCAGCUCAGUAUUGACUCUUGCGCAAGAUGAACUGCUGCCAUUUGUCAGCAAACUGCCCCAGACUUGCUCAUCUUCGCUUUUCAGGGGUGGCCUAUUGAUUCUGCGCAGCCUUCAUCAAAUGAGGGCAGUGGAGGGUGUAGACACAUUGCGUCGUCGAACGUACACCUCUCACUGAUGCACCCAUUGAUUCUAGACGUCCAACCCCGGCGAUUCGCCUCUGCAUUCGGAUUCACAGCAAUCCUUCAGAGCAUCCUACAGGCAGCGUCGUGAUGUUUGCUCUCCUGCGUUUUGGAAUUGACACGCGUGAUUGCUACUAGAACGUUCUCCAAGCGGUGUUGCGUUGGGCAUUGCAUCGUUGCGCGAACGCAACUGUGCUGCCUAGCAGUCUAGGUCCUAAAAUGGCGAUACUACACCCAAUAGUAAACUCUGGAGGUAGGGGCCUGUAUGUUGGGUUGACUCAUGGUGGUUUGCGCUUGUGGCAGCGGAUGUUUGCACGCAAUCAGUUCUUGCGCAAUCGAUUUUGCCUGGCAUUUGCUUGCCAGUACUGCGAGCAUGAUUGACAACAGCUGUUGCAAGUUCCAUUCGCAUAGGCAGAGCGAGACUGUGCUUCGGGGCUGAUGCCCCGCAUGUAUCACGUUGCUUAUUUGUGCUGGGCUCGUGGCCGAAUACUUGGAGCGCAAGGCGUGCUUCAAUGGUAACUUCAAUUCGUGGAUAGGCGUAAUGUUUGAAGUCAUAUCAUACCAUGGAAUCUCACAUGGAAUCUCACCCAUGCGUGGCAACGUAGCCUUGAGAUGCCAGUAUAUUCACGCCAGAACCGAGCUGGUCUGGAGCAAGCGCCGGCCUUGCGUGCCCAAUUCGAUUGGAACGGACGUGACGGAUGUACUAUACCUUCGACUCUUGCAUUGCGCGAGGAGAACAUUCAGGCGAGCGUCUUUAGCGGUCCGUACCUGACCGUAGCACGUCCCAGGGGCUAGCGAAGCCAUCAAAGGUGAAGGUUGGCUUCGGUUGCUGCUCACCAUGCCCGUGAUUGCGACCAUAGCUGUGGCCCCCUGGAGAAUGAGACAUGGUUCGCACCUCUUGGCUAGGAGAUUCCAAGCUUCCGAGCUGCACGGUUUGUGUCUUUGGGUUUGUGGCGAGUGCUUUGAGCAACUCGCAGGAUUCGCUGCGAGCUGACUCGGGGGUAAAUGAAUACUGCACGUGCUCUCGGCAUCGAGGCGUCUGAAUUUCUCGCCGUUUCCGAACAUCAAGGUUGUUGCGAGCCGCAUUUUGUUCGGACGGUGCAGGAUCCCGGGGUGAGCUGUUCUGACUUGUGUUGCAGGCAGCCUUGAUUUCUGCACACUGGCAGUUCGUUUCAGUCAGUGCUCCAUGAGGUUGAAGGGAUCUCGCAUGUUUGCCUGUUGUCGCGCGUGGUGCAACCAGACGGAACACGAAGGGCCUCAUCCAAAGCAAACAAGGCAACAUGAUACAGAUUCGCCCUUGCGUUGGGCCAGAGGUGAGACAUCAACCAUAGUCCGUGCAAGGCUGUUUGUAGGACUUGACGUGCGCUUUGUGAGGGCUUUCAGGGUCACACUGGGUCGACAUGUUUGAAGGUGAAGGUAGCAAUCGCGGCUGAUAACGAUGAGUCCAGGCUGCCUUCUGCAAUCGGCAUGGUUUCCCUAGACAUUUUGCCGUGAUUCAGCUUGUCAAGCUCAGCUGGAGGCCUAAGGAUGGGUUGCUCGCCGCCACUGCUGCAAGUCUGGCCGAAGGUUGAUGUACCAGGUCUUAUUGCAUAGGAAAACCCGAGCUUGAUGUAAUUCCAGCGCACUAUCAAGGUGUGCUCGUGAAGCAUAAACAUAGGCGAUUCGCGGCACAGCAACUGGAGAGAACUCCAACUUGAUUGCGUGAUGCUGUGCUUCGUGCUUUCUUGGCUUAGGCAGAGAUACCUGACAUGUCCCAGUUGCGCCUGGAAUUUUGCAGUUCCAUAGUCCGAGGGUUGCAGGGCAAACUCCACAGGUAUCACUUCAGCACGACUCGACAGCUUCAGUCAGCUGCGCGGAUAACUGUGCUUGAGGUUCCAGAUGAUGGACGCUGGAUGUCGCUGGAAAGGCGCCCAUGCAGAAGCGACACGUGCCAUUGCAUACCAUUGCGAGCCACAUGUGCGUUUCAACCUGGCUCUAGCAUGUGCUGCAGGUCCUAUUUGGCCAAAAUUCAUGGCCAGGCGUGUUGCUCGCUUGCGAGGAGCAGCCACCUUGCCGUGCCAGCGAGUUUAUUUAGUGAACACCCGCAGAUUUGGCAGCUGAAGCUUUCUGCUGCCGCGUGCGCGCUGCUGAAGGAGGUAUAGUGUGAUGAUGACUGGUUUAGGCGAGCAUCAUCAAGGCGCUCUUGCCCUUUGGCAUUCUUGUUACCAUCGUUCUGUGGUUGAAGUUGCAAGAGCUUCGGGAGCAGAUGCCCUUCAAGUGCACCUCUCAUUUUUUUCGCCCACGCUGCACGCGAUGAACUUGUCUGUCAAGCCAUGACCAUGUCAGAGAGACAAGUUUACCGUGCGCGCUGCCGGCCCACGGCAGGGUUUGCCGUCAAUGCUGGGCCUGAGGUCAUGUAGAUUGAUGCGCCAUGCGAUCGAAACUAGCAAUCGUAGUGAACCGUGGGGAAAGCUUUGAUGUGCGAUGAGAACGCUGCCAUUCCUGCCACAGAACUCUGGCAAGUGAAGCGGGUGACUGUGCUGUAGCAACGUCUGAUGUUUGGAGCGCGAGGUCUGGUGAGAGGAACCCAUAGUCAGCAGAGUCAAACGUGGAACGCUCCACAGCCUCUUGAGAGGUCCGGAGAGUUCCAGUGCAGUGUGGCUAAGGCCCCCGUCCGGAACCUUGUCGCAAGUUUGACAGGUGAUGGCGCAGCGCGUUUCGAGAGCAUGCUGCAAAGGUAACUGCGUGAUGCUGCGAUUCGCAACUCGGCUAGCCGUUUCAGGUACAGUUUUGACGGCCUGCAUUUGCCUUUUACAGUUCAGCAAUCUGCUUCGCAACUCACAGCAGCUGAAGAGGGCACGCUGAACUUGAGUUGAGAGCUUUCAGAACGCUGUGCCGCCAUGCCAACAUGAGACUUGAGUGCGCGACGGUUUUCAUGCCACAUGCAGUUUUUGCGAAGGACGCGUUGACGGCUGUUGAUUCUUGCGGGGCUUACCAGAAUGACGUCGCUCUGGGCGCAGUGGCUUGUCAGUUUGAGCGAUGUGACGUCGGAGAGAAUGAGGACACCUCGCAACUUCCUGGCAUAGGCUUUGGUGCUUUACUCACGCGCCGCCGUGGCGCUUCUUGUGUCGGAGCAGACGGAUGAUGGUCGGAGCUGCGCUCUCGGGGGCGCACGUUCCAACCAGCUUUUGCCUAGCGCAGGGACGUUCUGGAUUUUGUACCUAUCGCACGGGUCGUUCAAUGUUGCAGCUUUGAAUGACGCUCCACUGCUUCACGCCGUUUGGCCUGGGGGAAAGCCAUGAAAGCUGGAAUCAUGUCUGGAAACGCUCCCAGGGUUGGAGUUGGGAAUCAGCCGAAGAGACGCUCCCACAGUUGGAGUUGUUGGAAAUCGGAGGAGACGCUCCCGAAGCCGGGAGUUGUUGGAGGGGGAGCCGUAGGCUAGCAAUACACUGGUUUGUGGCCCCGUCCGUGUUCGUUGACCGCGGGUCUGCCUCAGUCGUUGACCCCGAGUCUUGGACAAGUGGCGAGUGAGCCGCUGAUGGAUGGUUUUGCCCGUUGGGAUUUGUGGCCAACUUGAGCAUCUGAUCGGCCAGAGAGCCAUCAGAACCUUGAGCACCCAGCGGGUUGAACGAGCUCAACAGUGGCAGUGCUGAGUCAGCAUUGCUUGAGCAACUCCGAGCAACGGUC